AUCCAUUAUAAAAAUAUGGAGGUAUCUGGCAAGAAACUUUGUUAUUAUUGUAAACUUUGUGAGCAACUUAAGACACCAACAUACUCGGAUGGUUUCUGUUCACAAUGCGAAGAGGAAAUGUGUCAGAGAUGUUUUGAUACACACAAACAGUUCAAGCUUAAUCGGGGACAUAGACUUGUCCAAUCAGUCGAAGCUAAACCUAAGAGCAAAGAAACCCCAACAUUCGAUAAUUGUACUAAACAUCUCAACGAGGGUAUUAAAUUUUUCUGUCCCGAGCAUGGCCAAGUAGGUUGUGGUGAUUGUAUGGUAGUCUCCAACAAACCCGGUAAAGUAGAGUAUAUUCUUGAACACAUCGAUGGUUAUAUAGACAGUAAAGAGUUCAAGCAAUUGAAAAAGGACAUAGAGAACAAUGACAAUGAAGCAACAGCUAUGUUAGGAAGCAUCAAGCUCAACAAGGAUCAUGUAAAAGAUGUCAACAAAAAGUUUGCUCAUGACGUCAAAUUGUUCAGGGAUGAAGUGAUUUCACAUAUCACGAAACUUGCUGAUGCAAUGCUAAUAUAUGGAGAUGACACUAUGGCAUCAGAUUUGGAAAAAUUGGAAAAUCUUGAAAAAGAAAACAAAAGCCUAGUUGAUGACACAAAUUGUAUGAGAGACACAUUACAAUCAGAAGCUGAUCAGCCCUACAAUUUGUUUAUCAGUUCCCUGUCAUACAAACAAAAUCUACAUCUUAUACACGAACAGCUAGAAAGAAUCAAGGAAAACAAUACGAUCGAAACAUAUGACUUCACGCCUGACUCGUGCCUCAGUCAGUUGAUGAAAACUUGUAAACAGCUAGGAGCUUUGCAUAGGUCCGGAAAUGAAUUCGACAACGAAUUACGGGAGAAGAUGGAAAACGUGUCUGGUAGUCAAAGCCGCAGUUGGUCUCCAAAUGAUUUGGAAAUAUUCCAACAUCCAAUGUGCAUGAUCAGCGCCGUAACUGUAACAAACGAAAUAGGAGAAGAAACUAAAAUACUUUUAAAGAGCGAAGAAAAAGUGUUUGAUCAAAUAGCAAAGAUAGAUUGGCCAAUAGUUGUUGUAGCAAUCGCAGGUUUGUACAGAACUGGAAAAUCGUAUCUAAUGAAUCGUCUGGCGAAUUCGAGCAAAGGUUUUGCACUUGGAGAUACGACUGAAUUAAAAACCAAGGGCAUUUGGGCCUGGUGUAAAAUACAUCCUACAAUGUCGAACACUGUUCUGUUGCUGCUUGAUACCGAAGGACUUGGCGAUGUUGAAAAGGGUGACCCAAGUUAUGACAACAAGAUUUUAACCUUAGCGACACUUCUUUGCAACUGUUUAGUUUACAACAUGGACGGAGCCUUUGAUAAUGACGCUGUUUCUAAACUCACAUUUGUAACAGAAAUGGCAAGCAAUAUAAAAUUUCGGGGACAAUCUUCUGAGGAUAAUCAGUCGAUCAAUCUAAUACUUCCUGACUUCGUUCUCUGUUUGAGAGAUUUCAGUCUCAAAUUGAUAAAAGGUGGGAAAAAGAUAACAGAAAACGAUUAUCUUGAGCAAAGUUUAGCGGAAAACAAAAGCAAAGCGGAGCAGUUCAACAGACCAAGAGAGUGCAUCAGAAAAUACUUUUCGAGACGCGAGUGCUUUGCUUUUCCAGUUCCAGGUGAUGGUGAUGUUCUUGAGAAUCUUGAAACUUUGAGUUUUACCAAUUUAUCUACUAGGUUCCAGGAAGUAACAACUCGGUUUACAUCCUAUAUAUACCAAAUACCACCGAAGGAAUUGCUUGUCAGUAAACCAAUAAAUGGACAAAUGUUCGUAACAUUGGCUGGCCGCUACAUUACAGCUAUUAAAUAUGGUGCUGUUCUAGAUGUGGAUGACGCAUUUACAGCUGUGGCGAAAAUAGAAAAUGCUAAAAUUGAAGAAGAGGCUCUAGAAAUCUUUAAAAUUAAAAGGGAAAAAAAUAAGCCCGCAGUCUCUAAAAGUGUUUUGGGAAACUUUAAACACAAGCCACAAGGAUAG